AUGAACAGAUUCUUGAUUGUCGUCGUUGCAUUUGCUUACUACUGUGUAUGGAUAGGUCUGCCGAUUUUCGACGGUGAAGGGAAAGUAUGGUUUUUUCCGCUACCGAGUUCCAUCGCGGUGCUUGUACCUGCUGUGCUGCUUCUUUGUGGUACGCUCUUGGUAGGAACAUUUUCUGGGUUAUUGCUGCUUUUGCAUCACGAAUGA